AUGAAAGACGAUAAAAAGAAACUCUCUGAGCUUGGAGAUUUGCUUGCUGAACGAAUGAGAAAAAUCACGAACAAUUUCCGUCUUGGUUUCGGGUCUUUUGUCGACAAAAAGCUUAUGCCAUUCAUUGAUCCAAGAAUCGAGAAACAAUUAUCUCCAUGUCCCGAGCCUUGUGCAGAGCCUUAUGGAUAUAAACAUCAAAUGACUCUUACAACAAACACUGAGAAAUUCAGGGCUGAAGUCGAGAAAGCAGAGAUUUCGGGAAAUCUUGACGCUCCAGAAGGAGGCUUUGACGCGAUUGUGCAGAGUUUAGCCUGUAAUAAGACGAUUGGAUGGCGAGAGCGCGCAAGAAAGAUGCUUGUUUUCUCCACCGAUGCCGGCUUUCACAUUGCUGGAGAUGGACGACUGGCCGGUGUCGUAGAUCCAAACGAUGGACAAUGUCAUCUUGAUCGUCAGGGAUAUUACACAGAGACUCUCACACAGGAUUAUCCAUCAAUCGCUCGAAUCCAUCAAGUGAUCAAAGAUUUCAAAGCCAACAUCAUCUUUGCCGUCACCCAGAAGAACUUUGAUCUUUAUAAACAACUGUCUGGCGCUCUUCCCGAUGUUUCGUCGUCUGUCGGUGUGCUUGCGAACGAUUCCCGAAAUAUUGUCGAGCUCAUCGAAAAGGAAUAUUUGAAGAUCGCUGAGAAGAUUAUCAUGGUGGAUAACGCGAACGCUUCUGAUGGAUUGAGAAUCAGCUACAGGAGUCCUUGUUUAACUGGCGCGAUGCAAGACACGAAUGUUUGUGAGGGGAUCCGAGUGGGUGAUGAGGUGAAAUUCGAGGUGACACUCGAGGCGACUCACUGUGUCGACAAGAGGGAUUUCGUGCUUCGCAUUGGUCCAUCCGGACUCGAUGAGGCGCUCAUCGUCAAUGUGCACGUGUUAUGCGAUUGUGAUUGCGAGCAAACGUCAAAGAUCGUGAAAAACGCAGCCGAAUGUAAUGGCGGUGAUAUGGUUUGCGGUGUCUGCAGGUGUAAGCCUGGCUUUGUUGGCAGAAAAUGUGAAUGCAAUCGACCGGGAAUGUCAACAGCGGCUUUGAACGAGAAAUGCAAGAGGACAAACGAGAGCGCGAUCUGUGAGGGUCGUGGUGUGUGCAAUUGUGGGCGCUGUGAGUGCAAUCCGAGAUCGAACCCCGAAGAGCAGAUCUCCGGUGAGUUCUGCGAGUGCGACAACUACAAUUGCCCGCGACAUGAUCGCGAGAUUUGCUCGAAGCACGGGCAAUGCAAUUGUGGACAGUGCAUCUGCUUGCCGCAAUGGACUGGAAGAGCUUGCGAGUGUCCGAUCUCUCAGGACUCAUGCCGGGCGUCGAAUGGAAAGAUUUGCAAUGGAAAAGGAGAAUGUAUCUGUGGUCGGUGCAGAUGCUUCGAUACUCCAGACGGAAAGCGGUACUCUGGGCCAAAAUGUGAAACUUGUCCGACCUGUCCAACGAAGUGUAUCGAGUACAAGCCAUGUGUAAUGUGUCAAGCUUGGAAAACUGGACCCUACAAUGAGACGAAAUGCGCUGAUUGUCCUUUCAAAGCGAUCAUUGUCGAUGAAUUACCUCAAAUCAAUGACACUACUUCCUGUCAAUUUGUCGACCCAGCUGAUGACUGUACUUUCUACUAUCUCUAUUAUUAUGAUGAAGCCAAAGACAAUGCGACUGUUUGGGUUCGAGAGAGAAAAGAUUGUCCUCCACCAGUGCCUGUAUUAGCUAUCGUUUUGGCUGUCAUUGCUGGCAUUGUCAUUCUCGGCAUUUUACUCCUCGUCCUUUGGAAAUUACUCACUUUCCUUCACGAUCGCGCCGAGUACGCUCGCUUCAACAACGAACGAUUAAUGGCAAAAUGGGAUACGAACGAGAAUCCGAUCUACAAGCAAGCGACGACGACCUUCAAGAAUCCGGUGUACGCUGGAAAGAACAAA